GGGGUCCCCGGGACCGUCCCAUCUCUGACCUGACCCCCCCUCGGCGGGACUGCGCCCGCGGAGAAGGCCUGGGGGCUCGCAAACGGCCGUCGGGGCGCGUGCGGGGAGAGGAAGUGCUCCGCAGAUGGCCAAUCAGCGGCGAGGAGCCGUUUUAACGUCCCGCCCUCUUCGCCCCCGCCCCUGACGGCGCCUGCUCGCCCGCGGCGGCCGCCCCGUCAGCCCUUCCUGGACACCGUAGCCCGCGCGUCCCGCCGGGAGAGCGACGGCGACCUGAGCGCGACAUGGCCGGCUCCGAGGCUGAGUGGGUAACCAUUGCAAACAACCUUCUUUUGAAAUGUCACAUACACCUGAGAAUACAUGAAUUAGAAGAUUGUGAUGCUAACGUUUUUAUUGCUCUUUAUCAAUCAAUUUUGGGAGAAAAAGUACCAGAUCUCAUAGUUAUCCCCAAGAGUCAAGAGGAUGAAGCUCACAAUGUUCAAGCAGUAAUUGAUUCACUGGCCUUGGAUUACCUGCAGGUCAGCUUGUCUCACAUAACAGGAGAAAAUAUAGUUAAAGGAGAUAAAGAAUCUAUUAGAAAUCUCCUAGAAAUAUUUGAUGGCUUGUUGGAGUAUCUCACAGAACAUAUCAGUGAAGCAUCUCAUGAGAAAUGUGAAACUGAACUUGAUUUUGAAGUAUCCCAUGGAAAUGAACUUCUGGAAGCACCAGGAAGUACUAGAAAUUCCAAAUCAUGGAAAAGAGUUUCUUUUGGGAGGUGUUCUUUGUCAUCGGAGGUGUCGGGCCCCUCCUGGGAUGGAGAUGAAAUAGGAUCAGCUGGUGAGCUCAUUAGACUUGGAGAUACAGCACAUACCUUUUCUUUAAGGAGUAAUGGUGCCCAAGAUCUUAAUGAAAUGGAAUCUCAAAAAGAUGCCUUUACUGAAUCACAUUUUAAAUCACCUGAAGAGGUCUCAAAACCUCCUUCAUCUAGCUUUUUGUCCAAGACUAGGACAUCCUUUUUUGAAGAUGACAGUCCUUCUGUGGAUGUGAUUCCAAGUGCUAGGAAGCUAGGGGAGCCUAUUCGGCCUGCCAUUCCCUUACAGCCACCCUACCAGCCUUCAGAAUCUCGAGCGCCUUGCCCCAUAGGAAAAGAAUACUUGCUUUCAAGCUACUGCUCACCUGAUAUGAAUCAUACUGAAGAGGGCACAGAAUUGUCUGUGGAACCAGAUAGUAGAGUCCUGUUAACUUCCAAAUUGACUAAGGAUAGCCAACAAGAAAUAAAUCCAGCUAAGCCCCAAGGCCCUAGGACAAGGAAGCUUCCCAAAGGAAAAAGAUAUGAAAACAAAACUUGGGAUUCCCCUAUCUCCCACAUGCCAACCAAGAGGUUCACAGGACAAGAAUUACAUGCAGUAUCAGAGAAACUUUCUCAACGCCUCUGUGAACUAGAUCAGAUGUUAAAAAGUGCCCUGGGUGAUCAAGUUAAAGUGAAGACUGACUAUGAAGAGAAUAUUGGAAGUGAAGAGACUUUAUCUCAGCACAGUGACAGCGUCAUGGAGUGUGGGCCAAAAAAGCGAAGGCCAGGGCUUGCCAGGCAUAGAAGGCCAUCCCACAGAUCUUAUUCACUCUCUCCAUCGCCAGUUAACAAACACAAACAAAUCCAUCUGGACAGAAAAAGGCAGCAAAAGCCAAAAGAAACAGAUACCCGCCGAUUCCAAGCAAAGGCAAUAACAGAAGCAUUUGAAAGGGAAUUAAGAAGAAAUAAAAUUCAAGACAAUAUUGGACUUCUAGAAAUAAAUGAGGAGGAGGAAACAGACAAAAUAUACAAAGAAGCUGUCCAUAAACGAACUCCAAAAUAUAGUCAGCCCUGGAAGAUUUACUCUAGAAAAACCACAACACAGAGUCCAAGAAGUGGCUUGCCCAAGUCAAAUAAAGCAGUUCCAAUGCAAAUAAAUGAACAUGGCCUCCUGCCCCUGAUGCUGGAGCGGCUUCCAUUUCUCUAUGUUUCUGGCCAAACGCUAACCAAGAUGUGGAAACAGCAAAUGGCUCAUAUUGAACAACUUAAAAAAGAUGCACGUGGAGACAAACAUUCAAAGAAGAAAUUCCAGGAUGAAAUAGAAGAAGCCUUAAGAAGGCAUGACCUCCUUACUGCACUUGUCAAGAAAGAAUAUGAACAUAGCAAGAGACUGCAAGACUUGAAGGAACGCAUUCACAGGCAGAAGUUGACCCAAUCAAAGAUAAAAGAAAAUCGGCAGCAGAUAGUUCGUGCCCGAAAAUAUUACGAUGACUAUAGAGUUCAGUUACGUGCAAAAAUGAUGAGAAUGAGGACUCGGGAAGAAAUGAUAUUUAAGAAACUAUUUGAAGAUGGUUUGCAAAUUCAGAAACAAAGAUUACGAGACCUAAGAAACUAUGCCAAAGAAAAGAGAAAUGAACAAAAGAGACACCACCAGGAUGAACUGGAUUCAAUGGAGAACUACUAUAAAGACCAGUUUUCACUACUGGCAGAAGCUAUAUCACAGGAACGUCAAGAAAUUAGAGCCAGAGAGAAAUCCCAGGCCCAGACUUUAAACCAAGUGAAGAGGGAACUGCGAUCUAAGAUGGAGAAGGAAAUUCAACAGCUACAGUACUUGAUAACACAGAAUGACGACGAUGCUUUCUUCCGGGAACUAGAAGCAGAGCGCUUCCGAUCCCGGCUUCAUCUCGCUUCCUUUCAGUACAGCAAAAACCCUUUCCCAUGAGGCCAGACUUUCUAAGUGAGGUUUCUGAAGGACUUUAUCAGAGCAGAACUGUAAUUGAGCCAAUAAGCAAUCAUAAACCAGAAGAAUCACUUCUAAA